GCCAACAUCGACAACGGUUAGCCCAUGCAUUUUCUAACCUUGGGAUUUGCAAAAUCUCAACCGCUUUGAAGGCCGAGGAGGCUUCUCGAACUUUCUGCAAGUAUCUUUCCAUAAUCAAAGACCUUGCUCAAAAAUCUCUUCAAACCUAUCCCACUACUAGUCGGUAAUCAGUGAAGACCUUCAAGUGUUGGACCCGAGGUUGAUAACAUAUGUCAAAUUCAGUGAGCAUCACCACCCAUUUAGCCAACCUCCCUGAUGAACCCAUCUGCUGUAGGACCCGAGGUUGAUAACAUAUGUCUCCGAAUCCCUUCUCCAAUUCCUCAACCGCACCGAGCUCCCCCUCCUCCUACGCCGCCGGGAACCCCACCCCUUCUUCUCCAAGUCGGAGCUGACAGUAUUGAAGGGGGUGCGCUCGGAGACGGCUCCGGCGUUCUGGCCGCUUAUGCGCCGGAUCUCGCGCCAUUAAUGUCCGAUGAGGUAUGGUUUGGGGUUGGUUCUUUCUCUGUUUUGAAUGCUCAACCCUGCUUCCCAGAAAUACAACUGCCAGAUAUGCCUCUCUCCUUCCUUUUCUUCUUCCACCGCUCUCCCGGCUUUCCAGGUUCACGCCGUCUUCGGCUUUUCUUGACUUGGAUCUUGAGCUUGAUGAGCUCUCCAACCCCUCCAUCGGCUCUGUCUUCCUCCCCCUCGAGCAUUCCGGCAACACGCGUCGAGGACCGGCGCUUGGUGGAUCCGACCGCCGCGAUAAGAAGGCAGCGAAGAAGGAUGCCGUGCCCUCCUAGGUCUCAGGUUGGGUCUUGUGCCCCUUUUCCUUUUCCUUUUGUUUUUCCUGUUCUUGGAUCUGUUAUAGAUGAAGUUUUGCUUGAGAUCGGCUUAGCAUUGCUUUUAGGUUUUCAUGUAUGUUUCCUGCUGUUUGGCUGCCAAGAUAAGGGUUUGGAGAAAAGGGGGAUGAAUAGCCUCAUCAGCCUCACCUCCAAAGCCGAGAUCCACUACGAGGGCGUCCUCGUCUCCAUCAACCUGGAGGAGUCCACCAUUGCCCUCCGGAACGGAUUCAGUACCUCAUGGAUCCAAAUUUAUGAGUUUGAGAGAAAGGAUCAGCAGAAGCAAAUAAUUUCUUUGCAGAACUAUUCAAUAGAAAAUGUGUAUACAUUUCAAAAAAUAUUUAUUUUUUUUAAAAAAUAAUUAUAAUAAUAUUUCAAAAUGUUGUUAUAAAAAAUAUCAGCUAUUAAAAAUACCGGAUAGGUAAAUUUUUAAAAAAGCCGCUAUUGGGUGGCUUUUAGCGGCGCUUUCAAGCUUUUUAUUCUUACCUACCCGAUGUUUUUUGCGAUAUUUUCAAAAGCAUCGGCGGAAAAUUUACCAAGGCUUUAAAAAGUGCUGGAAAGAAUAACAUUUUUUACAGUAAUAGUAUAAAUGCAAAUAAUAAAAAUCAUUUGUGUUAUACAAGGACAUUGAAAUACUAAAUAUUCCAUUCUACUA